AUCCGCAUCACUAAAGCCCGUUUACAACCCGUUCUAUUUUCAACCCGACCCUUUUUAAACCCUUAAAAUUAAGGGUUGGGCCUCCAACAGGCCGCUGACCCGUUGCACAGCUCUGAUCACCGUCAUCAACUGAUGUCCAGGUAUUGGACUCGUUUUCUUUCCGUCCUAAUUUUUGUAUCUCUCCUCACUUGUCUUCCAAUUUUCUUGAUUUCCGCUGUUGUAUUUGCUUCGUUGUUUCUGAGGUAUUCUCUUCAUCAUCUCCUUUUAUUUUUGGGAUCAGGGGUUUUUCUUUAAUUCUCUUUUCUUAUUCCAUUUUUCAUAAAGAUUAUCCACAUUAUUUUUUGAAUUUUUCUGGGUUCUUAUUUGAUUGAAUCCUGUGUAAAAUUUAUUGGCUCCCUUUGAUUUUUCACACAAAAAAUUAUAUUAUAAGAGGGUUAUAUUUUUGUUGAAUUUUUGCUAGUUUAGCCAAGUUCUUAUUUUAGGGAUUUAAUUUUAGUGUUAAAGAGGGUUAGGAACAUCAUUUUAUGGCAUUUGAAUGCCCAAAUACUUCGGAGGAUUGUUUAUCAGAAAAACUAUUGAAUUCUGUUGUUGUUCAUAAUAAUCCAUUGGAAGAACAAUCUGCUUGUUUGCAAUUUGGUAAAACAUCUGUUAAUUGUGGAAAGAAAAGAUCUUUUUGGAGAAAAAAGGUUGAGGGGUGUGAAUCAUUGGUACCCAGAUUAGAAUUUGGUAGUGAUAAGAUUGUUGGAGUGUCAAAAUUGGUGACAGUUGAUGAAGGGCAUACCACGGCUUGUCGUGGGUCAUUUUAUGACCUUCCUCCGGUGUUGGUUGGUGAGAUUCUCAAUUGUUUGGACCCAAAAGAGCUAGGGAUUGUGUCAUGUGUUUCAACUAACCUUUGUAAGAUUGCAUCUGAUCAUUCUGUAUGGAAGGAUUUUUAUUGUGAGAGAUGGGGUUUUCCUGUAGCAAAGCCUUUGAAUACCGGUUUAUCCGAUGAGAAGUCGUGGAAGCAAUUGUUUGUGGAGAGGGAAUUUAGGAGUAAAACCUUUUUAGGGCAGUAUAGACCUGAUUUUUUGACUGGCCAUAAGGAAGCGGUUCGUACUGUCUUCCUGCUGGUCUCGUUGAAGCUUGUGUUUACUGCUGGGUAUGAUUCUGUUGUCCGGAUUUGGGAUAUGGAAGAAGGUUUGUUGGUGGAUUCAUCGAGGCCUCUUGGUUGCACGAUCCGUGCUGUUGCUGCUGAUACUAAAUUGCUGGCGGCUGGGGGGACGAAUGGUUUUAUCCAAUGUUGGAAAGCUGUCGAGGGAGUGUCACAUUUGUUUGACCUAAAGGGUUCUCAUUGCCAAAACUCAGAGUUUCGACUAUGGGAGCACGAGGGACCCGUGACUUCUCUUGCGUUGGAUCUUACUAGGAUUUAUAGUGGAUCAUGGGAUAUGACUGUGCGGAUAUGGGAUCGUGUGCAAUUGACUUGUGUUAUGGUCUUAAGGCAUAGUGAUUGGGUAUGGAGCAUUACACCUUAUGACACUACCAUAGCUAGCACAUCAGGUUCUGAUGUUUAUAUCUGGGAUACAACUCAUGGAACUCUGGCUGGAAUCAUUCCUCAAGCUCAUGAGGGAAACACGUAUGCCCUAGCUAGAAGUCAUACAGGAGACUUCCUCUUCACUGGAGGAGAGGACGGAUCGAUACACAUGUUUGAUAUCUCAAAAUGUGCAGAGGAUAAGAUCUUGAAGGUGGCUUCAUGGGUCCCGCACUCUGGACCUGUAAAUUCACUUGCAUUCGAGUUUCCAUGGGUCGUAUCAGCUUCUAGUGAUGGGAAGCUCUCUCUGAUUGAUGUGAGGAAACUGCUGAAAUCCACCCGGCUUUCACUGAUGAAACAUCAAAGCAGGAAGGAGGCGACAAUCGAGCCUCCUCAAAGGAUGCUGCAUGGUUCAGGGGGCAGUUUGUUUUCUGUGGAUAUUGGUGGAGAUCGUAUCGUUAGUGGAGGAGAAGAUCAUGUGGUGAAGAUGUGGGAUUUCUCUCGUGCUCUAGAAAGAGCAAUGAGAGCUCGUGCUCAGAGGGCUAUUCGGUUGGAGAACAGAAUGAGGCAGCGUAGACUUCAAACUGAGAUGAUUGCUAAGAGUGGGAAGACUGAUAAAUAUUCAGUGGUAACAAAGAAGAAUCCUAUCAACGGAGAUCGCAAUGGCAUAUGGCAUAAUAAGCGCAGUGUUAAUGGCAAGGCGAAGGCUUAACCAAAGUAACUGUAGUCAAGAAUUGCUUCUAAUUUAUAGCCUUGAAGAAUCCUAGUAGUCAAGUCCUGACCCCUGACUCUUGUCUGUGAUUACUCUAUCAGUGUUUUAUUAACUUAUAAUGCUUGUUUUGAUGUGAUUAGUACUGAUUACCAAACAUGCCAUAUGGUUAUGGACUUGGGUGUCUAAUCUGAUGUAUAAACAUUUCAUUUUGAAUUGAAAACGAGGAAUAUUUUCAUGAAUAAAUUUUUAAUUUGAA